CCACCCAUGACACAACAACAGCAACAGCAACAGCAACAGCAGUACGGCUAUGCCCCAAACAACUACGGCCAGCCUCCCUUUGGCGGCUUCAUCAAUGACCCCGCCGCUCAGAUGAGUCUUCAGAUGGGCAAGACGGCCGUCGCUGCCGGUCAGGAGUACAUGGAGCAAAACUUCAACCGCUAUGUCAAUGUCUCGGCCAUGAAGCACUACUUCAAUGUCUCCAAUGCCUACGUCGUCAACAAGCUCUUCAUAGUCCUCUUCCCCUGGCGCCAUCGUCCCUGGUCGCGUCAGCAGCAGCCCAUGGCCACCAGCGCCCAGUCCGCUCCCAUGUUUCUGCCUCCUCGUGAAGACAUCAACAGUCCCGACAUGUACAUCCCGGUCAUGGCCUUUGUCACCUAUAUCCUCUUGUCCACCUUGCUCGCCGGUCUGCAGGGUGCUUUCCGUCCAGAGCUGCUCGGUCUGACUGCUACCAAUGCCUUUGCCGUCGUCAUCAUCGAACUUUUGCUUCUCAAGCUCGGCACCUAUCUCCUGAACAUUUCAAACGAGUCGCAGUGGCUAGAUCUGGUUGCUUAUUCCGGUUACAAAUUUGUCGCCGUCAUCUUUACCAUCGCCCUGGCUGCCAUUACCACUGGCGCAAAAGGUACUGGUGGUUACGUUGGCUGGUCCGUCUUUGCCUACACCUACCUGGCAAAUGCCUUCUUCCUCCUCCGCUCGCUCAAAUAUGUUAUUCUGCCAGACACUGCCUCGGGCGCCCAUAACCCUAUAGCCCGAUCGCAGAGGACAAAGAGGACUUACUUCCUCUUCGUUUACUCCUAUGUCAUUCAAUUGGCUUUCAUGUGGUGGUUGAGUAGCUUGUAAUUUGUUUAGUUAGAGUCCCAAAAAUGCAUUGAUGAUUCCUCUCCCUACCGCU